AUGGAUGAGGCCCACAGCUCGAGAUAUUCUAUUCACCCUAGUGCUAUGAUGAGGUAUCGAGAUCUGAAGCAACAUUAUUGGUUGUGUAGCAUUAAGAGAGAUAUUGUUAAGUUUGUAUCUAAGUGUUUGAUUUAUCAACAAGUGAAGUAUGAGCAUCAAAAGCCUGGUGGGAUUUCUCAGAGGAGGCCCAUUCCUGAGUGGAAAUGGGAAAGGAUUGCCAUGGACAUUGUGGUAGGGUUUCCAUGGACUUUUGGUAAGUUUGACUCUGUUUGGGUGAUUGUGGAUUGUUUGACCAAGUCAGCUCAUUUCAUUCCUGUUCAGACGACUUAUACUUCUGAAAAGCUGGCUAAGAUCUAUAUUCAUGAGAUCUUUUGUUUGAUGGAGUGCCCGUUUCUAUUAUUUUUUAUAAAGGGAUUCAGUUCAUCUCUUACUUCUGGAAGUAUUUGCAAAAGGAGUUAA